GAUUUGUUAACAGAACAGAAUGGAUGCAACGGAAGUUAUGAAAACGUUGUUACAUCAUCGAAUAGUUCGUCUAUUGCUUUUGUUCAUUCGUCGUUUGAUGAACCAAAAGAAGUUUAUGUUAUUGAUAAUAUCAAUCAACUUCAAUAUGCACGGGCAAUUACAGAAGAAAAUAAAUUAUUUAAGCAACGGCAAUUACCUAAACAAAAAGUUUAUCAGUGGGUUAAUAAUAAUGAUGGAAGACGUAUUGAAGGAAUUUUACAUUAUCCACCAGGUAAAUUCGAACAAAAAAAUCUUCCACUAUUUGUGUUGAUUCAUGGUGGUCCGUUUGCGGCAGACGUAAACAAUUUUCUAGCCGGCUGGUAUGAUUGUAGUCGAAUGAUAGCAACAGAGGACUGGCUAGUUUUACAACCAAAUUAUCGAGGAUCAACAGGUUAUGGUGAUUUAUUCUUAAGUGAAAUUUCAGACAAUAUGGUUUCAUUACCGGGUUCAGAUAUCUUGUAUGGUGUUGACAGUUUAGUUCGAGAUGGUAUUGCUGAUGGAAGGAAACUUGGAGUCGGUGGCUAUAGCUACGGUGGAUUUUUGACGAAUUGGAUAAUUACACAAACAAUCCGUUUUAAUGUUGCAUUAACAGGUGCGGGAGGAAUUGAACUGGUGUCAAACUGGGGAACGACUGAUCUGUCAAUAUAUGGUGAUUAUCUUCUUGGUGGCAGACCCUGGCAGGUGCCAGACAAAUAUCAUGCCGAAUCAGCAAUCUACCGAAUGAAUAAAAUUCGUACACCAACUCACAUGGUAACAGGAAAAAACGAUAUCCGUGUUCCUACUAGUCAAAGUAUCAUAAUGGAGCGUGCUCUAUUUAGCCUCAAUGUUACACACAAAUUAUUAAUAUUUCCAGGUGAAGCACACUUGUUAAGCAAUAAUCCAUGGCACGGAAAAAUAAAACUUCGAGAAGAACUCAAAUGGUUACAUCAAUAUGGCAAUCAAUCAAUCCUUAAUUAA